CUUUCGGCAAUACGACGAAGAGAUUGUCUCUUCUCUUUCUGUCGUUCCACCCAAAAACCCUAAUAAAAUCCGCCACGAUCUUUCUACUCUUAUCCAAAUAAGCCCUUGGUAUCCCCAACUUUUUCUGCCAAAAAGGGUCACCAACCGAAACAGGAAAAAGAAAGUUGUAAAUCUUUUAAUUGAUUUGCUGAUUGUGAUAUUAUGGACGAGGAUAUGGAAUUAAUUGGGGAGGAAGAUCUGAAAGCUGCACUUUUGCAGCAUCCUAAGGGUGUUGGAGUCCCUGUUUCUCAUACAAACCGUUGUGGAGAUGAGGUGAAAAUCCGAACAAUUGUUUUCAAAGUAAUUGGCAUGACAUGUUCCUCUUGUGCGACAUCUAUGGAAUCUGCACUUAUGAAGUUGAAUGGUAUCAAGAGUGUUAUGGUUUCCCCACUUCAAGGCCAGGCUGUAGUCAAGUACAACCCUGAAAGUAUCAGUGCUAAAUUAAUAAAAGAAGCCGCAGAAGAAACAGGUUUUCAAGUUGAUGAGUUUCCGGAGCAAGAUAUUGCAGUAUGCAGACUCAGAAUCAAGGGAAUGGCAUGCACAAGUUGUUCUGAGUCUGUUGAACGUGCCCUUUUAAUGGUUGAUGGAGUGAAGAAAGCGGUGGUUGGUUUGGCUCUUGAAGAAGCAAAGAUUCACUAUGAUCCAAGUAUUACCAAUACUGACCAUAUAACUGAAGCAAUAGAAGAUUCUGGGUUUGGAGCCAAUCUAAUAAGCUCAGGCAGUGAUUUGAAUAAAGUGCAUCUGAAACUAGAAGGAAUCAGUUCACAGGAUGAUCUUAAUGUAAUUCGGUGCUCAUUGGAGUACUUGGAAGGUGUGAAUCAUGUUGAAUUUGACAUCAAAGAACAUGUGGUCAGUGUCAGCUAUGAACCAGAUAUCAUUGGGCCAAGAUAUCUUAUACAGUGCAUCCAAGAAGCUGGCAAAGGAUUAAGCUCUUAUCAGGCAAGUUUGUUUACUCCACCAAGCCCACAAGAUAUGGAAAGAAGGCAUGAAGUCCAAAUGUAUAGGAAUCAGUUUCUAUGGAGCUGUUUGUUUUCUGUUCCAAUUUUCAUUUCAUCCAUGGUACUCCCAAUGCUUCCCCCUUAUGGGAAUUGGCUAGAAUAUAAGGUCUUGAAUAUGCUCUCAAUCGGAUUACUUCUAAGGUGGAUUCUUUGCACACCUUUGCAAUUUAUUAUAGGGCAAAGGUUCUAUGCUGGAUCCUAUCAUGCACUCCGUCGAAAAUCUGCAAAUAUGGAUGUUCUGGUUGCAUUGGGCACAAAUGCUGCUUACUUCUAUUCAAUAUACAUAAUUAUAAAAGCAUUGACAUCAGAAUCAUUUGAGGGUCAAGAUUUUUUUGAGACCAGUGCCAUGUUGAUAUCUUUUAUCCUCUUGGGAAAGUACUUGGAAGUCCUUGCUAAAGGAAAGACAUCAGAUGCUUUGGCAAAGUUGGCAGACCUUGCACCUGAUACGGCUUACCUUCUGACAAUGGACGGUGAUGGGAAUGUUCUUUCAGAUGUGGAAAUUAACACUCAGCUGAUACAGAAAAAUGACAUACUUAAGAUUGUUCCUGGAGCAAAAGUUCCUGUUGAUGGUGUUGUUGUUGAUGGUCAGAGUUUUGUGAAUGAGAGUAUGAUCACCGGAGAAGCAAGGCCAGUUGCUAAAGGACCUGGUGAUAAGGUAAUUGGUGGGACUGUAAACGAGAAUGGCUGUCUUGUCAUUAGAGCUACACAUGUUGGUUCAGAGUCGGCACUUUCACAGAUAGUUCAAUUGGUUGAAGCUGCUCAGCUUGCCAGAGCUCCUGUUCAGAAGCUGGCUGACCAGAUAUCAAGGUUUUUUGUUCCCACGGUUGUUGUGGCUGCAUUUACUACAUGGCUUGGAUGGUUUAUAUCUGGAGAAGCUGGUAUUUAUCCGAAGUGGUGGAUACCUAAAGCUAUGGAUGCAUUUGAGCUUGCAUUGCAGUUUGGUAUUUCAGUUUUAGUAGUUGCAUGUCCUUGUGCUUUGGGAUUAGCAACUCCUACUGCAGUGAUGGUGGCCACGGGGAAAGGAGCUUCGCAAGGUGUGCUCAUUAAGGGAGGGGAUGCUCUUGAAAAGGCACACAAGGUCAAGAUAGUUGUUUUUGAUAAAACUGGGACAUUAACUGUUGGAAAGCCUGCUGUAGUGAGUGCUGUACUCUUUUCCAACAUUUCUAUGGAAGAGUUCUGUGAUAUGGCAAUUGCUGCGGAGUCCAAUAGUGAGCACCCUAUUGGAAAAGCAGUGGUGGAGCAUGCUAAGAAGUUCUGCCUGAACUUUGGGACCCAAAAGGAGUGUCUCACAGAGGUAAAGGACUUUGAGGUUCACACUGGAGCUGGUGUGAGUGGGAAAGUUCGAGAAAAAACUAUUUUCGUUGGGAAUAAGAGGCUCAUGAGGCUUUUUAAUGUUGCUCUUGGUGGCGAGGUUGAAGCUUAUAUUUCAGAAAAUGAGAAGCUUGCUCGUAGUUGCGUGAUAGUGGCCAUUGAUGGUACAGUUGCAGGAGCUUUUGCUGUUACUGAUCCAGUGAAACCAGAGGCUGCACGUGUUGUAUCUUUCCUCCACUCAAUGAACAUUGUAAGUGUUAUGGUCACUGGUGAUAAUUGGGCGACAGCAACCGCAAUAGGGGAGGAGGUUGGAAUUCAAAAGGUGUUUGCUGAGACAGAUCCCAUAGGAAAAGCGGAUAAGAUUAAAGAAUUGCAGUUGAAAGGUUUGACUGUGGCAAUGGUUGGAGAUGGGAUUAAUGAUUCACCAGCACUAGUUGCAGCUGAUGUUGGCAUGGCAAUUGGUGCGGGCACUGAUGUAGCCAUAGAAGCAGCUGAUGUAGUUCUUAUUAAGAGUAACCUGGAAGAUGUUGUCACUGCAAUAGAUCUCUCUAGAAAGACAAUGUUGCGUAUUCGACUCAAUUAUGUAUGGGCUCUUGGGUACAAUGUGCUUGCCAUGCCUAUUGCUGCUGGAAUUUUGUUCCCAUUCACCGGAAUUCGGUUACCACCUUGGCUCGCUGGUGCUUGCAUGGCUGCUUCAUCUGUUAGUGUAGUUUGUUCGUCACUGCUACUGCAAUCUUACGAAAAACCUCUGAAGGUUCAAGCUGUGUGAGUGCGCUAGAUUCGUUUGGCCUCACUUUUCACUGGUGGUAGAAAUUGGUAAUAUAAGAAUAAAGAAAGUUAUCUAAUCCAUAGUACGUCUGUUGACUAGUAGUAAUACAUAAUAUUACGAUUCUUCGUCCGCUACACGUGAUAUGAAUGAAUGCUUGUUUCUAAAAUUUGUCUGUACUCGUGUUACAGAAUUUUGUGACAAAACAUCUGAUCUCGUAUAAUUAAUGAAGGUUCUGAUUUCCCUGAAGCUGGGGAAGAAAAGGACUCUCAGAGAUUGUUUAGCAUUUUGAUUAAAUGUUAGUACUCUUUUCUUA